AUGCCACAGUAUACUGUGGGCGACCUGAUAGGGCACCCUAGCCCUGCACAGCUAGCUGUCGACACCGACACUUCAAUAUCAACAAAACAAUGGACGAAUGAUUACCCUCCUCUUCAUGACAGAGCAUUGACGGUAAUGCCACCAACAAUGCAAGCUCUUGCAGCAUUCCUGCUUCCCCCAGAAGGGACCGUGGCUCAUUCGGUUGGCCUUGAAACUCCAGCCUAUAAGCUAAACUCGCAAUCGCUCGAACAGUCUACCGAAGGGGAUGUGACACAUGAUUUUUUUCAGAAUAUCAGCCCCUUGGUUGAGCUCGCUUUCGGCGACUCGGCGUGCUCUAUUCCCCAUCCUAGCGCUCCCUCUACUGCCUCUGUUCGUGGGGGGCCUAAACUCAACCCACGAGCUCUCGUUGGGUCGGAUGUUACAGAAAGGAAGAUAGUUGACUACCAACUGACGAUGGCCCAUCGGAAGCAAUACCUUGAAGGUGCUGCCAUCGUAGGAGAGUUCAAAAGACCCCGAGUCAUUAAACGAAGAGAGUGGAUGUUUGACAGACGCCCAUCAAAUACAACAAAACGUCUUAUGCAGGAGAUUAGAGGGUAUGCUUACUUGUAUAAAUGCCCGCAAGCAUUCGUCUUUGACUCAGGGACUCUGGUACUCUUACAGUUCCGUGCCAGAGAUGCAGAGGCUAUUCGUGACGAAAUGUGUCCUGUUGAUAUCUGUAUCAUCCCACGGGAAGAGCUUGGACAUGGUGACCAGUGCACGAUGGCAGAGGGCCUGCGCGCACUCGCCUUGAAGGGUUUCACUCGUCUUUGUGCAACUGGAGACUCCGUGCCCACAGAGUCAGGGAAUAAUAUACGCUCACCAACUAAAUUGAACCUCGCUGGUUUUGACCGUCGUUACGAGUUCUGGUCUGGUCGGCCUUUCUGGGUAGACCACCGUACCCGAGAGAGGCGUUCAGACCAUCCAUCUGGAUAUUUUCGCGACCUUAGGUUCGUGAGGACCAGGGACAGUGACCGUGGUCCGGAAUUCAAGGGAUACUGGUCAUGGUUUGACCAUGAAGGCCAUCUUGUUGUUGAUGACACAACGAAUUGUUUCCUCUCUUAA